GGUUUGCUCCGCAUCGCAGCCCCGCUCCCUUUUACGGGGGCUUCCUCCGCCCCGCCUUUUGCCACGGCGCCUUUUUAGCAGACGGCGCUCCGCCCGAAUCUUCCAAGGCUGGGCAGCUCGAGAGAGGCAGAGCGCGCGAGAGGCUCGGGAGGUGGAGCGCUUGGCCCCGCUGGACCUCGCCCCCGGCUCUGCUCCGGUUCUCCAGCCGCCCCCACUCCCCACCCUCCCUUCCUCCGACGCUCGCUUGGCCUGUCUGCCCUUGCUGGGUCUCCUCCAGGAUGGUGAUCAACGUCUACAUCGCUUCUUCCUCUGGCUCCACCAAGAUUAAAAAGCAGCAGCAAGAUGUGGUUGGCUUCUUGGAAGUCAAUAAGAUUGAGUUUGAAGAGAAAGACAUUGCGGCCAAUGAAGAGAAUCGCAAAUGGAUGAGGGAGAACGUCCCAGAAGAGUGUCGGCCAGCCGCCGGGAAUCCAUUGCCUCCGCGAAUCUUUAAUGGCAGCCGGUACCUUGGGGAUUAUGACGCUUUCUUUGAAGCUAGAGAGAAUAAUGCCGUCUAUGCUUUUUUAGGCUUGACUGCCCCACCUGGUUCAAAGGAGGCAGAAGCACUAGCAAAACAAGGGAUGUGAAUCCUUCCUCCCUCCCUUCCUCCCAGCCUCAAGCCUUAAAAAUUCUGCAAAGAGAAAAAUCCUACAGCUUUUCUCCCUUACAAUAGCAAAAACCAAUGCGCUUGGAGGAAAAAGAAACAAAGGUUUUGUUUUUCCCCCCCAAAAUUACUGGCUGCUCUCCACAAUAUUCUGCCGUAUAGGAUUAACAGGAAGCCACACCAAAUAGUAUUAUCAUUAUGAAUGAUGAUGAUGAUAAUAAUAAUAAAUAUAAAUGUGCCACAACGAGAGAGAGAGAAAUUAAAUGAAGCUUCUAUAAACCCUUGAUUGAAUUUUGACUCUUGCAGUGGAUAUGAUUUAUUCCCUGGCAAUUACAUAAAAGUCCUCACCCCCCCCUUUUUUUGUAAAAUUAACAAAAGCAUUGUAUUUUUGCUCUCCGUGACACAGAUCUGUAAUUAUACUUGCAGAUGCAGAGAAAAUCUAGCUGCAAAAAUGUUUAUUAAUAAACCCCAGUGCCUCUCCUGCUUCAAAACCCGAAAUGACAAAUAGGAUGUCCUAAAGUUGAUUUUUUUUUUAAUGGCUAUUUCUAAAAAGUUGCAAUGUCACAUAGUUGAAGUUGCAAUAACUUGAUGUGGUUAGGAUGUUUAUAGAGUUGUUCUUUUGUUCUUUUGUAACAUAGAUUGAUACCAUUGGAGUCUCAUUGAUGGAAUCAGGGCAGGAUUUGCCAGGGUUGAUGAGAACACAAUAACUGUCUUAGGGAAAGGCAAGAUUUUUGUGCAGUCUCAGUAAAACGUGCAUUUCUAACCCUCUGGAUUUACGAAAACAACAAAAUAGUUCUUAUUUCUCUAGAAUGUGAAGCAAAUGUAAUACGGGGCCAAAAUACUUUUGUUAUUUUCUUUUUUAUUAUUAUUAAGAAACAAGGUCAAGUAAUUAUGAAUUAGAAUAAAACUUAGUUUGAUACAUUGAGCUUGUAAAACGUUUUCUGUGCAAGAUGAGAUAUGUUAAAAUCAAGGGUCCAAUAUGAAAUAAAUCUGAAUAAAAAUCAUUUGCAGGAAUGAAGCUUGUAGGUCUCUAUGAUACCGGAAGCUCCAUUGAUUUUUCAGUCUGGUUUUGCAAUGCUGUGAAGUUUACCUUUAGCAGUUUGUCAAACUCCUAGUAUUUUCACAAAGUGCAACAACGAUCACUUGCCAAUAGAUAUGGGCAAGAACCCCCACCCCAAUAAACAUAUUAGUUACAAGUAAUACUGCAAAAUGUGUGUCUCCCUCCUGUGGAUUUGGAAAGUUGAAGAAAUGCAACUGAAUCUCAAAGCCUUAAUCAAAUUAUAUCAAGAUAGAUACAUCCAAUAGAAGGGAAUAUACUGGUAUAUAUAUGUAUAUAGCUCAGGGUAGAACUGUGGAGACCUUAGAGCACACUGAACUUGGUUGUUUGCUUGCAGAUGUUUCCUUACCCAACUAGAUAACAUCAUCAGUGAGAUUGAGUCUGGGGUUUGCUUUCUGUUUUGGUACAUCAGCUUGCCCUGCCACAGCGUUGGUGAGCAGUGGUUUUCUCCUUGGCAGUUCUUUGAUUAACCCAUCCCCUUCAACAGCCAAGAACUAGAUAAGCAGGGAUUAACACCAGAAAAACAAUCAAGCAGAAAAUGUUACCCUAAUCAAGGAAGUACCAAGGAGAAAACCACACACCCAACCACAUUGGCAAGGCAAGCUACGUAAAAAAGGAGCAUUGAUGAGGUUAUUUAGUCAAAUAGGAGCCUGAGUGGCGUAGGAGGCUAAUGCCUCCUACUAAGGCAACAUUUAACAUCCAGCUGCCUGCAAUUACUGCGAGCUCAAUUCUCACCAGGCUCAAGGUUGACUCAGCCUUCCAUCCUUUCUAAGGUAGGUGAAAUGAGGACCCAGAUUGUGGGGGCAAUAAGCUGACUUUGUAUAAAAUAUACAAAAGUAUGAAGGCUAUUGCUUAACGCAUUGUAAGCCGCCCUGAGUCUACGGAGAAGGGCAGCAUAUAAAAAAAAAAUCGUAACAAAUCAUGCAGAUAUAAUCAAGCUCGGGGAAUAUCAGGAACUAGAUAGAUGUAUGUUGCCUUUUUAUCUCACGGACGUUGUAUUCUUAGCCCGUGCGGAGGACCAAAGUUAAUGUAGACGACUCCAUCCAAAUAUUCCCUUCCCCACUUAAUAAUACAUGCAAAUAAAUACACAAAUCAACAUGAGGUUUUUUUUUUAAAUCUAGGAUUCCUACCAGUUGACAUGGUUCCCUCCAGAAUCUAGGUUCUGCAGGAGUUGGCUAACUUUAUAACGUCUGCAUUCUUUUAUCUGUCUUAGCUUUCAUGAGGCCUUUGAGAGUCAAGAUACAGUAAUUGCUUCUCUUUUGUGUGAAAGUUUGACCUGUGCUGUUUUCGGAAAGAUGUUUAGUAUGGUGUUUUUCUUUGGAAAUCUGCAGUAUGUAGAGUAAUAUUUCGCAACCUUGGCAACUUUAAGACGGGCAGAUUUCAACUCCCAGAAUUCCACAUCAUGGCUGACUGGGGAAUUCUGGGAGUUGAAGUCCACCCAUCUUAAAAGUUGCCAAGAUUGAGAAAUGCUAAUGUAGAAUGUCUGGUUUUACCAGUUCUGGAUUUCAAAACAAAAGAGGACCAUCUCUACAUAGUUUAUACUAUCCGUAUUUUUCAAAGUAUAAUAUGCACUCCCCCCCCAAAAGAGUGUGAAAGUUUGGGUGUGUCUUAUACACUGAAUGUAGCCCCAUCCAUCCGCCCCCAUCCUUUGGCCUCUGCCUCCCAGCAAUUUGCCUCCUUGCAGCAAACAGCCAACAGCCUGUUUCAGCUUCAGCACAACCUGAUUAGCACAAGCAGCUGAUUAUCGUUUGGAUCGGCCUCCCAACCUUCAGCUGUUUCAGGCUGCAAGGAUUGCCAUAGCCUAUUGCGGCCUCCACGCGCCCCGUUUUUGGCCUCUGCAUCCCGUUUUCAGGCCCUGCACGCCCCGUUUUCGGUCUCUAUGCGUCCCAUUUUCCGCCCAUUCUGAUCCCGGCUGCCCGGAACAGGCAGAAAAUGGGUUGCACAGAGGCGACAAUAGGCUAUGGCAAUCCCUGCAGCCUGAAACAGCUAAUGGUUCGGAAACCAAUCCAACCGACAAUCAGUUGGUUGCUAAUCAAGCUGUGCUGAAGCUGAAACAGGCUGUUUGCUGCAAGGAGGCAAAUUGUUGGGAAGCAGAGGCAGAUUUUUUUUUCUUGUUUUCCUCCCCAAAAAAGGUAGGUGCAUCUUAUACGGUAUAUGCUUUUGCACAAAUGAUCAUUCCUAGUUGUCCUGGCUCUGGGCUCAGAUUGGACAGAGAAUACCCUGCAGGUUUGAGAUGGGUUUUGAUGUUAAGAAACUCAAGACGGGACAAAUCCUGUAUCCAGUGGCUGAAAACGGUUCCCCAAAGUUUUUCACUCCAAUAUAUUGAUCUAAAUAUAUCUUGGGUUCCUAAUUCAUUGCUAUUGGAAAACCUAUGUUAGACAACCAUCUUAUCUCUUAUAGUCUAUUGUUUAAUUUCCUAUACCUGUUGGAGUAAUCCUGUGCUCAAAUCUCAUUAAUUUUGCAUUAAAUGAGUAUAUUUUAA